GUUACAUGACCCAUUGUCGAGUCGGCAGCGGCGGUCUCUCUGAUGGUGGAUGCUGCACAUGAGGGGCCGUCUCGGUGGCAGCAGUUGUUUGGCAAGCCACGUGAAGGAGGGAGCAGAGAUGGCACAGCGCAGUCGCUGCCCCAUCGCCAUGGAAACCAAGACGACGAUGACUCCCGGCCGACAUGGGUUGAUGACUGGGAACGCCAAAAGAUGCUCGUCCAAGCCACAUUGGAUCCCGAGGAUGCUGACAAUGUGUUCUCUGCGCCCGUGAUCACCAAGCAAUGGGAAGCUGGUCGAUGUUUUGCAGAACACAACAAUCACGACGAGGACCUCGACACGGUACAAGACGUGCGGCAGCGCGUCCGAGCUGCGGUCCACGUUGAAGCGACGGCCCAGGCCAUCAAGGCUGGUAUCAAAACUCAAGCCGGGAUCGGCCGAAACACGUUUCUUCCUCACGAACCGGCGAAUCCUGCACCGUUGGCAGACCCAACACGAACGAUGGCGGUGCGGCAAGAGCUGGUUCACGCCAAGCGUGCGGCUCGAGCUGCAGGUUUAUCAGCCGCCCGGCCGAUGCCUCCUCACGCAGUAUUUCGAAUACAAAACCCAUUUACUCGAAAGCCAAAGCCAGCACAACCACCUGCCAUCGACACGCUGCAGCAUAUCAAUGCCAGGCAUGCCGCUGUCGACAAGAAGCGGUCCGAACGGAUGUUAAAGACGGCGGCAGUACCGCCGCCAGCACCCAUGGCGCGUCGAUCGGCGGACGCACUUCGGAAGCAAACCCUUGCUGUCGAAGUCCAGCUGCAGCAUGAAAUGAAGAAACUCGCUGCGCUUGAAACAGCGAGACAGAACCGACAUGCAGCACGCGCAGUGCUCGAAGAAGCGUUUGCGACGUGGUGGAGCGUCGUGUCUCUGCACCAGACGAUGAUGGCGCAAGCAGCUCGCGCUCAUGCAUGGCAUAUUCAGCGAAGCUUCUUUGUAGCAUGGAGAAUAUGCGUCCGACACAAUGCGCAUGCGCGGGAGGUGGCAACCGCAGAGGCUGCUGCAGCGCGCCAACAUCGCGCGGACCUCAGAGCAUCCUUACAUUUCCGCAAAUGCGUCCUCUUGAAGGUGUUUGCGCAGUGGACUACCUACAUGACACGAACUAAAGCUACCAAACGCGCGGCUGCGGGGUUCGAAGCGCGGCAGUCCCGCGCCGCCUUUCUUCUCACCCAAGUCAUGCAGACGACGGCUGCUAUUGACAUAGCGACGACGGCAAUGUACAGGACAUCAUGCACGUCACCGUCGCUACCCACAUCUGCAGCAACAACCGCGGUGGCCGUCGCGCCGACUCGGCGAUGGACAAGCACUAAACGACCUCCGCCGCCACAACGAGACACGCACAAGGACGUCGCAACAAGUCCUCGGAAAGCAAGGCCCCGUGCCCCUCGAAUACCCAUCGUCCAGAAUGAACUUCCCCCGCGGAUCCUGGACAUGCGUGCGAGGGAAGCCGAACGCAAGAAGCGAUGGGAAGCGCUGCAGGUCAAGUACAAGGAAGCCCAAGCUGCACGAGAGGAGGCGGCGCGCGUGGCUGCAGCGGCCGCCCUCGCCGAGAUGGACAAGCAGAAGGCGGCGGCAGCUGCAUCCAAACUCGAAAAAAAACGGGAACAUGCACGAGCUGAGGCGGAAAAGGAGCACCGCCGUCAGUUGGCAGUGGAGCAAUGGGCACUGGCCAAGCAGCAUUACCUUCGGUCUAUCGUGCUGUUUCAAGGGUGGCGGCCAUGGAGACAUCUCGUGGCGACCAGGAGGACAAUGGCAAUCAAGGCCAUGCAUUGGCAUCACGACAUGCUCCUCCAGCAUCGAUUCGUCGAGUGGGUGGCUUUCCGAGACACGUGCCGGGCUCAAGCCCGUGCGAUCCUGGCGACGCGUCUUCGCGCUGCAGCGACGUGGCACCACCGACGACUCUUGGCCCACAUCACGUCGCAGUGGAAGGGUCAUCGCGCCACCAUGAUCCAGCGCGAAGAGUCCCUACGCUCCAUCGUCCAUCGACACCUCGUUCGCCGAGUCUGGGAUGUGGUCAAGUCGUUGAGACAAAGGCGAGAAUCACAGGCCCGUCAAGCUCAAGCCAAACACGAACGCGGCGUCAAGCGGCGGGCUCUCCAUGCGUGGGUCCGUCGAGUCAACAUUUGGACAAAGGAAGCUGCUACCAAGCGCGAGAAAGACGCCUUGUGGCAAAAGGUGCAUGUCUGGCUCGCGGAAGACUAG